GCUGUCAGCCUCUUACCGCCACUGCCUCGCUCCUGCCCAGGAUUCCUGACCAGGUCCUAAAGGUGAAGGUUCUAGAUGCAAGAAAAACCAGAACAGUGUAGUCAUUUGCCAACACCCACUGAAGCUGACUCCUGUGACAUCUCUAGAUUCUUGGGCUGUCCUGGGCAGAAAGUCUUGGGGUUUGAAUUCCAGGCCCUGUGCUUACAAGAAAGGCGCUCUACCACCCCAGGGCUCUCCUCCCAGGCACACCAGGCGCCAUGGACUCCCCGGGGUACAACUGCUUUGUGGACAGGGACAAGAUGGAUGCUGCCAUCCAGGACCUGGGGCCCAAGGAGCUGAGCUGCACGGAGCUGCAGGAACUGAAGCAGUUGGCGCGCCAGGGCUACUGGGCUCAGAGCCACGCCCUUCGGGGGAAGGUGUACCAGCGCCUGAUCCGAGACAUCCCCUGCCGCACAGUCACGCCGGACGCCAGCGUGUACAGCGACAUCGUGGGCAAGAUCGUGGGCAAGCACAGCAGCAGCAGCCUGCCUUUGCCCGAGUUCGUAGACAACACACAGGUGCCCACCUACUGCCUGAACGCCCGGGGUGAGGGCGCCGUGCGCAAGAUCCUCCUGUGCAUCGCCAACCAGUUCCCCGACAUCUCCUUCUGCCCCGCUCUGCCGGCCGUGGUGGCCCUGCUGCUGCACUACAGCAUCGACGAGGCCGAGUGCUUCGAGAAGGCCUGCCGCAUCCUGGCCUGCAACGACCCCAGCAAGAAGCUCAUCGACCAGAGCUUCCUGGCCUUCGAGUCCUCCUGCAUGACGUUCGGGGACCUGGUGAACAAGUACUGUCAGGCGGCCCACAAGCUCAUGGUGGCCGUGUCUGAGGAUGUCCUGCAGGUCUACUCUGACUGGCAGCGCUGGCUCUUCGGCGAGCUGCCCCUCAACUACUUUGCCCGGGUCUUUGAUGUCUUCCUCGUCGAAGGCUACAAGGUGUUGUACCGAGUUGCUCUGGCCAUCCUCAAAUUCUUCCACAAGGUGAGAGUGGGCCAGCCCCUCGAGUCAGACAACGUGAGACAGGACAUCCGCAUGUUCGUCAAGGACAUUGCCAAGACGGUGUCCCCCGAGAAGCUGCUGGAGAAGGCAUUCGCCAUCCGCCUCUUCUCCCGCAAGGAGAUCCAGCUCCUGCAGAUGGCCAAUGAGAAAGCGCUGAAGCAGAAGGGCAUCACCGUCAAGCAGAAGAGGCAGUUUGUGCACUUGGCCGUGCAUGCAGAGAACUUCCACUCAGAGAUUGUCAGCGUGAAGGAGAUGAGAGACAUCUGGUCGUGGGUCCCAGAGCGAUUUGCCCUCUGCCAGCCCCUCCUUCUCUUCUCCUCCCUGCAGCACGGGUACAGCCUGACCAGGUUCUACUUCCAGUGCGAACGGCAUGAGCCCACCCUCCUGCUCAUCAAGACCACGCAGAAGGAGGUGUGUGGCGCCUACCUGUCAACAGACUGGAGCGAGAGGAAUAAGUUUGGCGGCAAACUCUGCUUCUUUGGGACUGGAGAAUGCUUCGUGUUCCGGCUGCAGCCAGAGGUGCAGCGUUAUGAGUGGGUGGUCAUCAAGCACCCAGAGCUGAGCAAGCAGACAGCAUCCUUCCUGUCCUCAGAGACCACUGCCACUCCCUCCCCCUUCAGCCACCCCGUGUCCUCAGACCCCGCUGACCGGCUCUCCCCCUUCCUGGCUGCUCGGCACUUCAACCUGCCCUCCAAGACCGAGUCCAUGUUCAUGGCGGGGGGCAGCGACUGCCUCAUCAUCGGGGGAGGUGGCGGCCAGGCGCUCUACAUCGAUGGGGACUUGAACCGGGGCCGCACCGGGCACUGUGACACCUUUAACAACCAGCCCCUGUGCUCCGAGAACUUCCUCAUUGCCGCCAUAGAGGCCUGGGGCUUCCAAGACCCCGACACCCAGUGACGGCCUCUGCUGACGGAGACUGAGCCGCGGCUCUGGGCAGAGCCAGAAACUCUCGCCAAGCCUGGUGGAGAGUCCACAGCCGAGGAGGUGCAUCCGGGCGGCCUUCCUCCAUUGCCAAGGACCU